GUUAAACCGGGUGCGUGCCGUUUUCUUUGACCUGGACAACACGCUCAUCGACACGGCCGGGGCCAGCCGGAGAGGCAUGUUGGAGUACUGGGGUUUGAACUCAGGGUGUUGCUAGGCAAGUCCUGAACCACUUGAGCCACACACCCAGCGCUGAAAAAUCUCACUUUCAAAAGCCAACCCUUCCAGCUCUGUCCCAUUCUUCAUGCUUCAUCAGGUAAUAAAGCUCUUACAGUCAAAAUACCACUCUAAAGAAGAGGCUGAACUCAUCUGUGAUAAAGUUCAAGUUAAACUCAGCAAAGAAUGUUUUCAUCCUUACAGUACAUGUAUUACAGAUCUGAGGACUUCACACUGGGAAGAGGCAAUCCAGGAAACAAAAGGUGGUGCUGACAAUAGGAAAUUGGCGGAAGAAUGUUAUUUUCUCUGGAAAUCUACACGUUUACAGCAUAUGACCCUACCAGAAGAUGUCAAAGCCAUGCUUACUGAACUGCGCAAAGAGGUCCGCCUGCUCUUGUUAACAAACGGUGAUAGACAGACACAGAGAGAGAAGAUAGAGGCUUGUGCCUGUCAAUCCUACUUUGAUGCUAUCGUUGUAGGUGGAGAGCAGAAAGAGGAGAAGCCAGCACCUUCCAUAUUUUAUCACUGUUGUGAUCUUCUUGGAGUACAGCCUGGGGACUGUGUGAUGGUUGGUGACACAUUAGAAACGGAUAUUCAAGGAGGCCUCAAUGCAGGGCUGAAAGCAACAGUCUGGAUAAACAGAAGUGGAAGUGUGCCAGUGAUGUCAUCCCCUGUUCCACACUAUGUGGUUUCUUCUGUGCUAGAAUUACCAACCCUCUUACGAAGUAUAGAUUGCAAAGUUAGCUUGUCAGUUUAAAUCAUUUAAAAGCAUGAUGACAAUGUUUACAGUCAAUUUACAGGGUUGGAACUGAGGAAAGGCAUUUUAUGUAUUAUGGUCCAGUUCUAAUUAUAGUGUGAUUUCGGAUUUAAUGACUAUAUUAUAAAGGUUCUCCAACUCUAUUGCUUUUGAUAUGCAACUGUAAGAUUUGUAUUUAUAUCUGAAAAUCCAGAUUGUAUUAAUACAAGUUACUUUUAGUAGGAGGUCCAGCAAACUUGAAGAAAUGUAGUAUUUGUUAGUCUAUUACUUGAGAUUUAUAAAAUUAUUUUAAUAAUUUUUUAGCAUCUUGGCUUCAGGAUACUAAGCAGGGUAGCAUACCCCUGGAUAUACAAGUGCGGGUGUUUGGCUUAGGAAUAGAUAUUUUUUAAUAAAUAGAUAUUCUAAAACAUAGUUAUUCAUAAUCUAGUUAAUAUUGAAAUAAGUACUAAGUUUAGCAAAUCAUGGUGUUUCCUAGUGAAACGUUGAAUAUUUUUAAAACAUAAAUCAUAUUUUUGGCUACUCUGGGUGUGUAUAUUCUUUUCUAUUGUGAAUCUGAUGUUCCUGCCUGACUUUGGAGUGUGGGAUGUCUUUCUGUGCUGUGUAUAUGACAAGUAGAUUUUUUCCAGUUUAAAAAGGAAAAAAAAAGAGCUAAUAAACCAACAUGUGGUACUCCUUCUUCAUGCCAUUUUCACACCUUUCUAGAGUAAACACAUGGCUUUCAUAUAGUCUUUUAAGUCCUAUGGAAAUAUUUUUUGGUAUCUUUUCCAAGGCACACACACAAUCGAGUUAAGGGGACUGGGCUGUUUGCUAAAGAAAAUUGCUACAAGCCAUUUGACUAAAAGUCAUUUUCCUUCUGUGGGUUUGUAAGACGAAGGUUGCCUCUGUGUGCCUAACCAGCUAGUCUCCCCACGCCUAUCUGUGUUUACGGAGUUGUUCCUCCCAUGUGAUGAAACUAAUAAAAAAUCAGAUAUUAUUAACUUAGUUUCAGGGUACCAUUUUAACACUUGAGUGCUUCUUAGAGUUACCAUCUGCCUUCAAGUUGUUUUUUUUUUUUUUUCAGAACCAAGUAAUUAUUUUACAGUCUUCUAUAUCUACUUCAAGGCUCACUUACAGCUUAUUAAUUAAUGGCUCUGUAGCAAGGCAUUAGUUCACAACUAGAACAACUUCCAAAUACAAUUAGGCUAGAUAGGCUUAUAAUUCCACUGAUACAACUUGAAGUGGAGUAGCUAAUAAAGGUUAAAAGUGACUAAGGGAACUAUUGCUUGCAUUCUUUUUGGUAGGCUGUAUU